AUGUCCUUGGGCAAAUACACGCAUCCAGCAACAUACCCCAGCCUAUCCGACCAGGAAAUUUGUGUAGUGCACAAAAUCCACGACUUCACCGAGACUUACUUCCAGGAUCCGCGCUUUGACGCGUCCCAUGAUUUCGACCAUGUCAAAAGGGUUGUCACCAACGCGCUAACCAUUCUCGAAAGCGAGGAAGACGGGAGAAAGCGAAGGGCUUUGCCGGCACUGAACCCGCUUAAUGUCAUUCUGGGUGCCUUGCUUCAUGAUGUCGAGGAUAAGAAAUACACGACUUCGGACAGCAAAGGGUCACCCUUAGCAAAAGCAAUUCUCGAUGCGGGUAUGUCUGAAGAAUAUGCAGAGCAGUUGCAGUUGCUUGUUGCAAGUGUUUCAUACUCCUCUGAGAUCAAGAACCCGCAGCAUGUGCGAGACCUGUUGGAGGUGAUUCCAGAACUCGCCAUUGUCCAAGACGCCGACCGACUCGACGCAAUCGGAGCCAUUGGGAUUGGUCGAUGUUUCACCUUCGGUGGUGCCAAAGGGGCUAGGAGUCUGGCAGACUCGAUCCAGCAUUUCGACGACAAGCUGCUAAAGCUUGAAUCAAUGAUGAAGACCGAUGCGGGCAAGGCGAUGGCAGCGGAGAGAUCUCGCAGGAUCCAUGAAUUCGUGGGCUGGUGGCAGGAUGAGAUCGGACAUUGA